CUCAUUGACAAAUCCACUGUCUGACAGCCUGCUCACCAAGUUAGCGGUGUUGUGUUUUUGUUACUGCUGCGCCCACAGAGGAGCUUUAAUAACUGUUUUUUUAUUCUUACGCUUCCUCGGAGCUGCGUGAUUUAAGCCGCAGUUACUUUUUUAAAAGCCGCUCACAGCUGCUCUGGGGGGGGCGGAGUGUCUGCAAAGUGCUGCGCCGAUUGGGGCGCUCAAUCCGGGGGACAAGAGAUGGCGUGCUUGCUGGAGGCCCCUCUCCGCAUCAGUGUGCUGUCUGAAGUCACUGCCACUAGUCGCCAUUAUGUCGACAGACUGUUUGACCCCGACCCACAGAAGGUGCUGCAGGGCGUCAUUGACAUGAAGAACGCCGUCAUAGGAAACAACAAGCAGAAGGCCAAUCUGAUCGUCCUCGGAGCUGUGCCAAGGUUACUGUACCUGCUCCAGCAGAGCUCCUCCAGUCUGGAGCUACGGACAGAGUGUGCCGUAGUGCUCGGCAGCCUGGCCAUGGGCACAGAGAACAACAUCAAGUCCCUGGUGGACUGUCACAUCAUCCCUGCCCUUCUCCAAGGUCUCCUCUGUCCAGACCUGAUCUUCAUUGAAGCUUGUCUUCGAUGUCUCAGAACGGUCUUCAUCAGUCCGGUCACCCCUGUGCAGCUGCUCUACACUGACCCCACUGUGAUCCCCCAUCUAAUGUCGCUACUAAGCCGCUCACAGAGAACGCAGGAGUACAUCACGCAGAUCUUCUCCCACUGUUGUAAGACCCCAGAGCACCAGACGGUUCUUUUCAACCACGGCGCCAUCCAGAACAUUGCUCCUCUACUUAUCUCCCCUUCUUAUAAGGUCCGGAUGCAGGCGUUAAAGUGUUUCUCAGUCCUGGCCUAUGAGAACACUCAGGUCUCCAUGACACUGGUGAAUGUGCUGGUGGACGGCGAGCUGCUCUCUCAGGUAUUUGUCAGAAUGAUGCAACGGGAUCAACCUAUUGAAAUGCAGCUAACGGCAGCCAAAUGUCUAACGUACAUGUGUCGAGCGGGUGCCAUCAGAACAGACGACAGCUGCAUAGUCCUAAAGACCCUGCCGUGCCUCGUGCGGAUGUGCAGUAAAGAGCACCUGCUGGAGGAGAGGGUGGAGGGUGCAGAGACACUAGCCUACCUGAUGGAGCCUGACGUGGAGCUGCAGAGGAUCGCCAGCACCACGGACCACCUGGUGGCCAUGUUGGCCGACUACUUCAAAUACCCGAGCUCUGUGUCGGCCAUCACUGACAUCAAGAGGCUGGACCACGACCUGAAGCACGCACACGAGCUGAGGCAAGCUGCUUUCAAACUCUACGCCUCGCUAGGCUCCAACGACGAGGACAUCCGGAAAAAGAUCACAGAGACGGAGAACAUGAUGGACAGAAUAGUCAGCGGCCUAUCAGAAUCCAGCAUCAAAGUCCGUUUGGCGGCUGUCAGGUGUCUUCACAGUCUCUCGCGGUCCGUGCAGCAGCUGAGGACCAGCUUCCACGACCACGCGGUGUGGAAACCCCUCAUGAAGCUGCUUCAGAACGCUCCCGAUGAAGUCCUCGUCAUGGCUUCUUCCACACUAUGCAACCUACUGCUGGAGUUCUCUCCUAGCAAAGAGCCCAUCCUGGAGUCCGGGGUGGUCGAGUUACUAUGCAGUCUGACCCAGAGUGACAGUCCGGCUCUGAGGGUCAACGGGAUCUGGGCCCUGAUGAACAUGGCGUUCCAGGCCGAUCAGAAGGUGAAGGUGGAGAUUGUUCGGUGUUUGGGGACAGAGCAGCUGUUCCGCCUGCUGUCAGACCCCGACACCAACGUGCUGAUGAAGACGCUCGGCCUGCUGCGAAAUCUGCUGUCAACACGCCCUCACAUCGACCAGAUCAUGAGCUCUCAUGGGAAGCAGAUCAUGCAGGCCGUGACCCUCAUCCUGGAGGCGGAGCACAGUAUAGAGGUCAAAGAGCAGACACUGUGCAUCCUCGCCAACAUCGCAGACGGCAACACAGCAAAGGAACUCAUCAUGACCAAUGACGACAUGCUCCAGAAAGUCAAAUACUACAUGGGGCAUUCGAAUGUGAAACUGCAGCUCGCCGCCACGUUCUGCAUCUCUAACCUAAUCUGGAACGAGGAGGAUGGUUCUCAGGAGCGUCAGGACAAGCUGAGGGAGAUGGGCUUUGUGGACAUCCUGCACAAACUCACCCAGGCCUCCGACCCCAACCUCAGCGACAGGGCGAAGACGGCGAUGCAGCAGUACCUAGCGUGACGACAGAGGACGGAGCUCCUCGACUGCCAGCCUCACUAACAAUUGUCGGGAGGAAACCUGCUGCUGGUCCAUUUGAUUCUUGUUUUGUUGCACAAAGACACCUUUUUUUUUUUUUUGUUUUCUCUCUUUGGACCCGUGGCUGGCCUCCCCUCACCUCUCCCUCACCUCCAACUAGCACCACCUCAACAGUUCUGCUCACCUGUUGGGAAAUCAACGGUUAGGAGGGGUUCUUUAAUUUUUCUUUUCAACAAUGAAGUGAAUUCUUUCCUUUUUGGGACUUUGUGAUUUUCAAACUUUCUUUUUGUUUUUUUUGGAGUGCAGCAGCUGGAAACAGGCGCCUCCGUCUCGGUGCUUUUGGACUCCUAAAUGGAGGAGAUUCUGGUCUCAGAGAACCUGACUGCGAGGGUUUGUCACACGAGCAGGGCUGUUGGACAGUUCCCAGUUUUAUUUUUUUUUUUAAAAUUCUUAAUUAAUAUUACUAUUAAUAUUUCCUUAAGGCGUCGCAAAGCAAGGACACAUUUGGAGAAACAAAAACGGACUGCCUAUUUUGAAAUUUUGGGUGUUUCUUUUUUUUUUGUGGAUACAUACCUCGUAAAUAUAUAAAUAUAUAUAAAUAUAAACAUAAAUAUCUAUUUUUGGAUUCUUAUUUUUGCCCCUGAACCUCUGUUUGUUUUCAUUCACUCCCUCUGAUCCGCGUUUCUCUGCACUCUGAGGAGAAUCCGCCGCGGUCCCAUUCACGGUCCGUGGAGGUGAAGUAGAAUAAGAAAUGUAACGCUCCUUCCUGUUCAGUUUUUCGCUGUGGUUCUGUGUGCACUGAAGCCUUCACUUCACUCCUGUCUGACAUCCUUAUAAUCCCAAUGGGAAAAUGUAGUUCCAGAGUGCUGCCUCUUACCUGCCCGGUUACUAAUUAACAGGCCCGAGUACACAGAACACAGAGAUAAGAGGAUGCAUGUGUCCUCACACCUCGUUGAAUAUCUGCUGCUGCUGUUCCUGCACUCGCUGCAGCCCCCUCCGCCUUCUGUCUGUGUGUGUCAAAAGGGAUAAAUGAGAGCUCCUAUUUUCUCUCUGAUGAUGUGUUUUGAGAAGCCAGCGAGGACGAGAGUGCAUGUAAGAAAAAAAAAAAAAGAAGAAUCAUGUGAGUGUGGCCCCUGGAGGGUGAGGCACUGAGUGCAUCCGCAUCAGCAGCGGCUGCAGUAGAAUCCGGCCCUGAUUUGUGUUUCAUCCUUUUGAUCUUAUAAUUUUCCAUCAGGAUAUUUCUAAAGUGUUGUUCCCUGACAUUUGACACCUUACUGAAACGCUGAUAGAAUGAAUGUUACCGUUGAAAAAUAUAUGCAGACCUAAAGAAGAA